UUUGAAUUAUAAGAGUAAUUACAGCAUCAUGUUUGAGUCUGGUCUUUUAAUUUUGACACGCCCAAUCCCAGUACUGAGAAAGAAUGUGCAGGACAUACUCUCACGGGCAGCAAAGAUAAUCUCAAGCACACUGUAUGUGCAUAUCCAACCUAACCAAUCCACAAAACUGGAAUCAGACUCGGCCAGAUUCCAGUUUGUUCCUCUGGACAAAAACGUCCGUAUGCUGAUGACAGACAUCUAUUCUUCGAGUGCAUCUGUUUGUGGAAAUAUGGACAUUUAUGUAUUGCUCGGAAAUAUAACUAACAGUCAAAGCCUGGUGGCAAAAUGUCACUAUAAUCUUAGAUCAAAAUUAGAAGUUGUUCUCUUGGACAACAGUGAUCAAUUUUCAGUGAAUGAACAGUAUUUUAAUAAGUUUGUCCAGAAUACCUUUCAAGCCUCUGGAAACAACAUUAAAUUUCAAUGUAUUAGUGAUAUAGAUUUCACACAACAAGUGGAUUCUGAGGAGAACUCACACAUACAGACAUACAGACAGGUGGUGCUAGGUGGUACCUUUGAUCGUUUACACGCUGGACAUAAGAUUCUCUUAGGGGAGGGAUGUUUACUGGCUGAGGAGAGAUUAACAGUCGGGGUUACAACUGGAGACAUGAAUCUUAAAAAGUCUCUACCAGAGCUGAUUCAGCCCACGACAGAAAGAAUCAACUCAGUGGUGGACUUCAUUGAGACAGUGAAGCCACAGAUCAGUCACCGCGUGGUGCCCAUCUCGGACAUGUUCGGUCCCACCAUCACAGACCCUGAUUUACAGUGUAUCGUCGUCAGUGCUGAGACGGCAAAAGGUGGCGAGAUAGUGAACCAAGAAAGACAGAAAAAGGGGUUCCAACAGCUAGAUGUGUACACCAUUGACCUAGUUCAGGAUAUAUGUCAUGGUCAGUAUGAAGAGGUCAAGGUCAGCUCAUCAUCAUUAAGGAAACGGUUACUAGGAACAGUGAUUAACCCAAUUAAGGAAAACAGAAACAUUCCAUCUUCUCCCUACAUUCUGGGUGUAACAGGUGGUAUAGCUAGCGGGAAAUCAGCCAUUUGUAAAAGGUUGGAGAAGCUAGGUGCAGCUACAGUGGACUGUGAUAAACUAGGUCAUCAGGCCUAUGUAAAAGGCACUCCUGGUUACGAUAAAGUUGUCAGUACUUUCGGUACAGGGAUUCUCAGUGAGGAUGGGGAGGUAAACAGAAGAGCCCUGGGAGCCAUUGUUUUCAGUGAUGAGACAAAGAUGCAGACCCUAAAUGGUAUAGUUUGGCCAGAAAUUGCCAGAAUGGCUACAGAGGAGAUCAGACAAUAUGGCACAGAGGGUAAGACAAUUGUGGUAUUAGAGGCAGCCAUUCUACUAAAGGCAGGCUGGGAAGACAUGUGUCAUGAAGUUUGGGGGUGUGUCAUUCCUGUGGGAGAGGCUGUGAAAAGACUGGAGGAGAGGAAUCACUUAUCUGAGGAGGAGGCCCUGAAAAGAAUAAAACUGGGAGUGUCUAACGAGGAACUCGUCAAAAAAUGUAACGUCAUCCUGUGUUCUCAGUGGGAAUAUGAGUACACUCAACAACAGGUUGAAAAAGCAUGGCAUCUUCUUCAUGAGAGACUUCCAUCUCCUGUCAAGUCACAGUACUGAAGUGAUUCCACUGACUUACAUAGGAAAAAAGUUAUUCAGAGUGAAUCAUCUCUACUGACAAUAAUUCCCCAGAUCUUAUAACUAGCAUUAACUACAAAUCAGAAUGGAUUGCAGUUCACAAUCAGUGUUAGCCAAAUAUUGAUUCAGUGAUUUAAUUUGGUGAGGAAAGUUGAACAUUAAUGAAAUUAAGGCAGUAUUCAGAUAAUUGUGUAUGUUGUAGUAUGUGCUGUGUUAAAUUAGAAAAUUCUGCUCAAGGAGUAAACCCUAGUAAGGGGAGAUAACUCUGUUAGGGAGACUGAGGUUAGUGUGCUAAGGGAGAUAACUUGCUAAAUCACUAUGAUUUGUUUUUUUUCCCCCAAAAUUUUCUCAAUUACUUUGUAUAACUUAUAGCAUAUUUCAUUUCUUGAGUAUAAUUUCAUCUUUAUUUUAUUGUUAGAAAACUGUCAUAUGCCAAAUUCUAUUUUGUAAGCAGAUUAAUUAUCCCUUUUAACAGCAGUAACUGAGAUUUAUAAACAUAACUGUAUGAGAAUUUUUUUAAAAUUGUUAAAGCACUGUCCUCUUCUAAUUGGCAAUGAAAAAAAUAAAUGAAUAACAAGAAAAAUGAGUAACCUUUGAGCUACAAAUCAGCAGUAUUUGAGUGGAUUAAUUUUAUUUAAAUUUGAUAAAUAUAUAGAUUAUACUGAAUAUACAACAUUAAAACAAAU